AUGAGGGCAGAACUAGAUUUCUUUCAAACAAAAGAAAUAUCACCAAUCUCCGAUAACCCACUCUUCACCACAACACCUCGCACUCUGGAACUCUUUGUAGAGUCAUUACUACGGAAAGCAAUGCAAGUAACAGUGGCAAGAAAUGCAAAGACCCUGAGCCCUUCCCACGUGAAACAGUGCAUCCUGGCCGAGUCCAAGUUUGACUUCUUGAGGGAUUUGGUCAAGAAUAUACCUGAUGUGUCGGCGGCAGAGGAGAAAGAAAUGAUGAGUGCUGAGAGUUCACCAAAUUCUUCAAGAUUUUCAGACAUGACAGUACCACCUAGAAGGAUAGCGAGGGAAGACUCGAACAGCUCGAGCAGUAGUGACAUCAAAGUAGUACCAUUACCUCAACCACCAGCCGUUAUCAGAGAACACCUUAAAAUACCGCUCACAACCGAACCGGAACUCCCACAAAAACCCAUCAGAACAGAAACCGUAACAUCGCCUGCAGCAGACGUUGCCAUAGACUUAUCGAAAAAGUCUGUAGACUCUAAACCGGUGGUUACCGCUAAUUUUUACCAAGAAACUUUAUUAACUGACGAAGUGCAACAUCGAAGUGUUAUAACUGUGAAUCCUACUUACACAAGUCCUCAACCUUCAACAAGUUAUACCCAAGAACCUCUUAAACUAGAACCAGUGCCAAAGCCAUUUUUUGUUGAAAACCCCUUAGUAACAACCCGAACACCGGUGAACGCAGUGCCUAGGAUACCUAUCUCUCCAGGCCCAAGAAUGACUACGACCCCGGCUCCCAGAACACCUCUCACCCCAACACCGAGAACGCCAGUCACACCCAUCCUAAACAUAGAUUUUACAAAGAAUUUAACAAACCCAGAAAUAAAGUUACUAGAUACGGCCUCGGUCAACAUUGUGAGCGUACCUAAGAAUGAAAAAAAUUCGAUAAGACAAUUUCAUAGGCAAAAUUCGAAGCCGCCAAAACCGGAUAUUAAGAAAAUUGAAAUUAAGCCUGUCGUGGCUGUCCCAGUGGACAUAGAUAGUUUGAACUCUGGCAAUCUACAGAUAGACGAAGACUAUGAUACCUGA